CCACAUCCAACCGCCUUUCUUCCCUUCUUUUCAUUCAUUUUUCUUAAUUGCAUAUUUUUUUUCUUCAAUUCAUACACACAUACACACACACAUAUUUAUAUAUACACACUUGCAUAGCACUACUACAUAACUUUUUACACCAUGGAAACGCAAUCAUUAUGGAGAAGAGAACACUAUCUGUUCGAUGUACAUAACCCUGCAUGGCACACCUCUGCUCAAGGAACAACUGGCAUUCUGUUACCAAACAACAAUGCCAACAAUUGCGCCCCACAGUACGCCUUGUUUGAUCACGGACUAAUAUACCACCAUCACUCCAACGAGAAAUCUUUAAGCAACACAAAUUCAAACCACCAUGACCGCCACUAUGAUACAAAACCUACCCCCACCGCCACCACUCCCUCCUGCUAUUCCUCUUCUUCCUUUUCGAGAGAGCUCGACGUUUUUGGUAGCUCGGUGCUCUUUUGUCAACCUCGUGUAAAAACGACUUUUAAUGAGGACCCAUUUCGCUUGGCAGCCGCACAACGAGAAGCACAACGAGAAGCCGCCAAACGAGCAUGUUCAUCUUCGUCGUAUUUGGUGGAGAGCGACCCCUCAAAGCGUCAAAGAACCACAACUACAACAACAACGACUCCAUCAGGCUUAUCAUGAUUACGCAAAGGUCACAAGGAUAACUCUUUUCGCCAUAUGCACAUUUAGAGAGAGAAGCAUCUUUAAAGUUUUCACCACGUGUAGUAGUGAUAAACAACCAAUGAUGUAUAUAUCGUUUCUUACUGCUUUUUAUGUGUGUACGUGUUGUUCUUUAUAGUGUAUUGUCCUUGAACAUGUGCUAGUUCAUAAUUAAACCAUCUUGUUGUUGGAGAUGCUGACU